UGUUGUUUACAAAUGAAGUGAAAUUCAAUGAAGUGGACUCUUUUGCAAAUUACUCCCAACACACCCAAAACGCGUUGACACAUCUUCCAACAGUGUUAUUUCUUUGGUAGUGUGUCUUUAGAGCCAGAAGAUAUGGAAGAAUAUCGCCCAUACCUCCCUGAUGACUGGGGAAAUGAUGACAAAAUGACAGUUUUAUUUUCUCCAUUUCGAGAAAAUCGAGAAAUCAAUCCGGUUUCUUGGGAUGCCAAAAUGAAAUUCUGGACCGAUAUGAUAGAAUGGGAACUCAAAUACAGUAAUCAAGCCGUGAUAGACGUCAAACAAUUUCCACACAGAUUCAAGAGAAAUGGGAAAUCUCCAACAUGUUUGAACAAAGUUCUCAAUGAAAUGCUGAGAGCUGGAACGAUUAUGAAGCUGAGCGAUUAUGAAUCAAAUGCCAAUAUGGGAUGGGUGUCUUGGGGAUUUGGAAUGCUUGUGAAGAAGCCAGUCUCUUGGGCAUUCAGUACUGCGAUAGGAUCUUAUAGGAAGGAACCAGAACUAGAUGGAGAAUAUGUCUUUGUUGACAUAAUCAAGGAGAAAGCCAAGCAUGUUUUGGAUCAUCACCAUCGUUUGACAGGAAGCAAGACGCUACAUGACGUUGUUUGUUUAAAUGCUUUGCGACAACAAUGCAGAGAAAUUUGCACAGAUGAACGUACUUUUAUGUUGGUGCUGACUCAGCUAAAAGUAGAUGGAAAAAUAGUUUUGAUAGAGACCCAGACAAAAGAGAAGUUUGUGAAGUUCUGUAACAAGAGUGAGUCUCGCGUUAAACCAGUCACUGACGUGGACCAGAGUAUUCUAAGGCUGUCACAAAGAGAGCAUGAUCUCCUUAAAGAAGUUGAGACUCUGUAUUCUGACUGUGAAAAAUGCCAUGAAGAAGCAAGAGCUUUUGUUAAGAAGGGUCAGAGUGCUUCAGCCAAGACAGCGCUGAGAAGAAAAAGGACCAUCCAAUCUGUGAUAGACAAGAGAGAGGCCGCCUUGGCUAACAUUCAGAACUUAUUACUACAGAUCCGAAAUGCACAUUCAGACAAAAUGACAAUGGAUGCUUAUGGUGCUGGAUCAGAGGCGCUGAAGUCUGCGAGGAAGGAUGGAGCAUCUCUAGGUGAAGUCGAUACACUUAUGGCAGAGCUGGAUGAGCUGAUGGCCGAACAAGCUGAGUUCGAUAUCUCCCUCGCCCAGGGCCCGUCUUCAAACCUUGAUAUCUCGAUGAGUGACCUGGAGAAGGAACUAGAGGACCUCGAAUUGGAGGACACAGACACUGGCAAGGAAAACCCUGUCUUGCCAGAGGUUCCAGAUCUUCUCCCAAGUGUUCCAAAGUUUGAGCCAUCGUAUGGAAGUGACGACUCCGCGCUCAAUUCUACAUUUACACUGGAUGAUAACCCAGUUGACAAAACACCUGUGUUGCAUUAGACCUAGACUAGAGGUACAUGUAUGUGUAAAUGUAUGUUCAGCUAAGAUACGCUAGAUGAACCAAUCUGAGACUAGAUAAAACUCGAGUGUUGGCAAUGAGCAAGGUGGUGACUACUACACACAAUAACAACAAGUCUUGUGUCACGCCAAACUUUUUUUGGUAAAACCUCACGGACCACAUGGUUGUAAGCCUAUAGUCUGUAAUGUAAUAGGAUAACAACACACUGAUAUGAUAUGACUCUAAUCAAAUUAAAAACCUUGAUACAAGCAUCCCACAAAGUCAUGUACAUAUACUGUGGUAAUAAUGCAUUUAACUUUAAUAUCUUUGUAUGUACUACUGAGGAAUAGAUAUGAUGUUUCAGUAGUGUCUGUCUUAUUUAAGUGGAUAUCAUUUCAGCUGUACAUUUAGAGGGACAAAUUAUCAGCAUCAAUAGUUUCUGUACAAUGUUUCAACUUUUGGUACGUACAUGUACAAGUAGAGGGACAAAUUGUGAAAUUUCAUGUGGUUGUGCGUCAGUUUAAGUAGAUUAUGGUUCUUCCUGUUGUAUGGUUAAGGUUGUUGCUGCAUGUACAUGAGAUAUGAGCAUGAUGAGUACGUAGCCUACAUCCACUGACUGUCAGAUCCGAGAUGUGUUCUUGAUAUAACAUACAAGACUACAGUAAGAAAUUUUUGAAUGUUGCUUGUGAUAAUAUCAUGUGACUAAGUCUGUUGAAAAUAA